CACACACGGGGAGUCAGUGGCUGAGCCGGGAUUUGAACCUCCUGGUAUCAAGCCCCCUUUCUUUAACCUCUGGACCAGCGAGCCAUCCUUUAUUUAUCUCUUAUGAGAAAUUUAUUUCUGCACAAGCAGGGUCCCACAAGCCAAGCCAAACCCUAACAGGAUGGACCUGCGUGAGAAGCUCUAUCCCCUCCCUCUGCUGAACGACUCUGCCCAGUCCGUCCCCGUCCCAGCGGGCACUCCUCUGCCCCCAGCGACAGGAUCUCCCGCCAGCGCGGACCGGGAGGAGCUCCCCUCGAACCCCGGCUCUCUGGGCGCCGGGAAUCCCCAUGCCGUUCCCCAGCAGUUUUCCAUCAGGCCUCUGGGAUCACGGAGAACUUGCCCCGAAAUCCGGAGCAGCAGCCUGCGUCUGCGUCGGGAUUUCUUCGAGUCGUGGGGCGCCGACGGAGAAUCCAGACCCGGAAAGGAAAGAAAGUCUGGCUCCUUAGGAAAGGGAUCGGCGCUGCCCGUGCCUCGGAAACCACCCGCAGAAAAAAUCGCCGCUGUGGUGAAGCGUCGUGGCAGUUUAAGUUUUUGGCAGGAUCAAGGACUUGUGGAUUUUACCAAGACCGGACACCAAGAAGAUCCUAAAGACAGCAGAGCGCAUGUAGCCAAGGGCUGGAGCUCUGAGCUUGAUCACAUUAGGAACAGACCACAGCCUAGCGCCUUGACAGCUGAAGGUUUACCUAGAAGGACUGGAUCACAGCCUUCUGUACCUGCGACAGCUGGACCUAUUAAACAAGCAGCCGAGCAGAGAGUUGGGUUUGGAACUACUGUUGCUGCCGAAGCCUGGACUAAAGCAAACGAAAGGGGUUCUGGAUCUCGUAUCCCAGACCAGGAGGGUCAACGCCCCAGGCUGGGGGUCGGUGCUAACGGAGGGAACCUGGGUUCGAAUCGGUGGAGCGGCGGGAAGGGUUUGGGCGACAUGAGGACGGUCGUUUUCAAGAGCGACGCUUCGGCGACCCUCAAGUUUGGGGGGCGGCCGGGCAGCGCGGUGAUGGAGCCGGACUGGUUUCGGAGCAAAGCAAAAGUGGACCUGAGGAAACUGGAAGUGGCGAGUGAAUCCAGUCCGGGACUCUCCAGGGAGAUCGGGGCCAAGCCCGUGAAAGCCGUCGUGGUCGUCAGCCGGAGCCCGAAGCUCAGUUAUUGCCGAGCCGUGGAGCGACGCGGGCCGCUGAAGACAACAUUAGUAAAGCCAGAUCCAGUAGAGAAAAUAUCCGGGCAGAAGCUCCAGAGCUCUGAAACCAAGCGGAGAAGCGACUCCAGAACCAGGAAGAGUUUUGGCAACACCCAGGGAGAUCCGGAGUGGAUUCCAGGAGCGGAUGAGAUGGAUCACAAGGGGAAAAGACCUGGAGGAACGGAAAGGAGGAGAGGGGAAGGUUCUGGAGGCGAUGAGCAGAAGGCUGCUGUGAUAGUCCGGAGUUUGUCGGUCAAAAAUCGGAUCAAGUGUUUUGAGAUGCUGGAAAACCAGACUGGAAAAGAAGGACCAGCUCAGCCAGGCAAGGGCAAGCCAGGCGCGGCUGGGGUCUCCUCUUUGCAGAAGAGUUUUUCCAACAGGGAGGUCUGGCGUCCGGGGAAGGAGACCCCCUGUACGGAUUUGGGGAGGGGAGGGAGGAAGCCGUGGGAGAAGUCGGUGGUCCGCACAGUUUCUCUCGACGGCCGCGUGAAGAGGAAGAAUCCGCCGUCGCCUUUCACCGCCAACGGAGAGUCCCGGAAGGAGAGGAACGCCGGGAAAGGAAACGACAGAGUCGCCAACCAGGGAAGUUCCGAGCCUCCGAAUCCCAGAUCGGCAGCGGGGUCCCGGGGAGACGAUCAUCUCGGGACGCGCCCCUCGAGGAAGCAAGAAGAAGAAGAUGAAGAAUUAUCGGAUGCGAGCACCGUGGGGAAGGAGCGGGCGGAGAGCAGUUCUAGAUCGGAAUCCGACCGGGAAGUGGUUCUAGAUUCCACAGAACCCGACAAGAAUCGACGACACAACCCAAGCUCCUCCUCGGAUUCCAGAGUGGUCGACGAGGCAGCUUCAGGUCUAGAGUCCUGCUCGGUCCAGCCGGGUCGGGCUGGGGUUACCCCAGGCUCUUUGUUGGGGUCACAGAAGCUGGGUACCCCCUCUUUUCUUCUGACCUCGUCUCCGGUGGUUCGAACUGCGAGGCCUGAUCCCGCUGGCUUCGGAAGCUGGCCCGGUUCCCUGCCGCAGUGGACCCUGGACCAGUCUGAUGGUUCUGGUUCUGACUCGGAGGACUCUGUGUUGACCCCCCCCAGUGAGCUGAGCCAGGCCGACGGCAGGAGCUUCUCUGUCAGCCUGCUGAGUUGCGCGAGUUUGGGCUGGAUGGUCCCAGAGACCGCGCUGCAUCCCUCAGCUCCAACAUGUCCGCCCUGUCCUUCGUAUCCCUCAUCCCCGGGGAGGAGCUGGACAGACUGCUGGAGGAAGUCAGGGAGCUGGGGGACGAGAGCCUGCAGCGCGAGACAGAUGUCCAGGUGGUGGUCCUUCACAAGGAGGAAGGGGCGGGACUCGGGUUCAGCAUCGCCGGGGGCAUCGACCAGAACAAGCCGGUGACGGUCCACAAGGUCUUCCCUCACGGAAUGGCGGCCCAGGAAGGAACGAUCCAGCAGGGAGACACGCUGCUGUCAAUCAACGGCAGCUGCCUGCG